AUGAAGUUGACAUUCAAGGAUCUCAAGCAACAGAAGUUUGUCAUCGAGGCCGAGCCCUCAGAGACGUCAAAGAUCGCAUCCGAGAAGGGCUGGGAGCCGUCGACACAGAAGCUCAUCUACUCGGGCAAGAUCCUGCAAGACGACAAGACCGUCGAGUCGUACAAGAUAGAGGAGAAGGGCUUCAUCGUCUGCAUGACCUCCAAGGUAUAUCUUCCUCCCUCCCUGCCGCUCAAAAUCAGCCGACUAACACUCGCCNNGAAGCCCAAGGCUGCUCCCUCAAAACCUUCAGCACCCGCGACCCCCGCCCCCGCUGCUCCCGCCACAACUCCUGCUCCUCCCCAAGCACCGACAUCCUCUUCAACCUCCGCGUCCGCCCCCGUCCCCGCUACUCCCUCUCCUGCCACGAAUGAGAGCAGUCGCUUCAACGAUCCCUCGGCACUCACUCUUGGCGAUGAGCGCGCUGCGGCCAUCUCUAACAUGGAGGCCAUGGGUUUCCCUCGCGCCGACAUCGAUCGUGCCAUGCGCGCCGCUUUCUUCAACCCCGAUCGCGCUGUCGACCCCGCUGCUGCUCCUGCUGCUGCACAAUCUACUGGUGCUGACGAUGAGGGCCUCAACCUCUUCGAGGCUGCCGCUCAGGCUGCCCAGGGUGGUGGCCGUGGAAGUACUCGUGCAGCUCAGCCCACUCAAGGCGCUGAGGCUGGACUGGGUGCAGGUGGUGANCCCCUGGAGUUCCUCAGAAACAACCCUCAAUUCCAGCAACUCCGUCAGCUCGUUCAGGCUCAGCCUCAGAUGCUCGAGCCUAUCCUUCAGCAGGUUGCCGCUGGUAACCCUCAAAUCGCACAGCUUAUCGGCCAGAAUCCCGAGGCUUUCAUGUCUCUUCUUGCUGAGGAUGUUGACGAUGACGCCGCUCUCCCUGCUGGUGCUCAAGCCAUCAGUGUUACCGAAGAGGAGAGAGAAGCCAUCGAGAGAAACGAGGAGCUUGCAGCCAACUUUCUCUUUGACCAGCCUGAGGAUCCCGAGGAGCAAUAA